AUGAUCCUCUUUUCAGCUUGUUGUAUCUGUGGGCUUAUUGGUGGCAUCCUGAAUUUUCAGUUUCUUCGGGCAGUUACAAAGAAGACUUCAUCAGUGUACCCGCUGCAUCUCGCUUCCAUGUCUUUGGCAUGUAUUGGCAUUGGGGGAUGUACUCUGUCUUCCUGGCUCACUUGUCGUCUAGCCAGCUAUGAGCAAAGGAGAAUGUUCUCAGAAAGGGAACAUUCCCUGCAUCAUUCUCAUGAGAUGGCUGAGAAAGAAAUGACAGAGAACAUGAGCAAUGGAGGACCACAGCUGAUAUUUAAUGGAAGAGUACAAUCAAUGUUUUAAAGAAGUGAAAAUUUUUCAGGUUGUUCAUGAAGUUCAUGAAGAGGUUGAAGUCUUGGGAGCUGCAGUUAAAACAUUUGUUGCAUUUACAGUUAUUUCUCUUGAGCAGCCACUAAAAUUAUUCCUUCUCAAUCUUGCCUCACGUACCAUCAGCCUUUUCUAUAGGGUAAAAGCUUUCCAGAAACAUUGUAGAUUUUAGUCUCUUCAGAAGUUGUUCUGAAAAAGACUUUUCCAGAAAACUAAAUGAAACAGUUAUGAUUACUACUAUACACAAACAGCAUUUGACUAGCAUGAGCAUUUAUGAAUAAUUCAAAAGUAAACACAUAAAGAACUAACAAUAACAUAUUGGAGUCUUUGUUUUGAAAGACUACUGACUUCAAUUAUAUUAAGAAUCAAAGCCUCAGUAAUGCCUUGUUGUAACAUUGUAAUUAAUUUCAAUUUGUGAAUGAACUACAUUUCAUAGUUUAUUUGUAAGCUACAAAAGGUGCAGCAUAAAAGGUGAAAUUUUAGUGAAAGAAUAUUAAUCUGUAUGAUAUUUUUGCACAAAUUAAAAUAUUGUUCAAGACAAAUAAGUAUGUUUUCACCAUACUGUGCAGAUUCAUCUGCAUGUUCAUGAGAUAAUUUAAAAACAAAAUAUGUGUUAUACAUAAAUGUAAAUAUACUGUAAAUAGAGAAAAUUCAUGCAGCAUAUAUUUAUAGCUACAUGAAUGUAAAUAGAAAAUAGUAAAUAAGUUGUGUGGGUAUGAAGGUAGUCUAUCAGUUAUAGGAAGAACAUUAAUCAAAGAUUUACAUGACUAUAAAGUCACAGACUUAGUUUCUACUCUUCCUGUCCAUUUUCUUCUUUUUGUUAAGUAUAUUGUAUGUAGAUAGAAUUGUGGCUUACGUUUAUAGAGCUGAAAAACUUGAAUACUGAAUCAUAAAUUACAUAGUUAUUGGGCAUAUUACUGUGAUCAUGGUGUUUAUAUAAAAGUAAUUUUCAAUAUUUAUCUAUAAAUAUAACUUUAAUCUUAUAUCUCU